GUCCUAGAAGUAUUGGUGGGUGGCAGGAGGAGUCCGUGUUUGGUAAGAACCCUAGUCCACCCUCCGGGCGGCGCCGACGCAAUAUCCUCCCUCGCCGUGUUCGAUUCAAAUCGAGAAUCCAUAUUCGCGAGAGCGGGACGUCCCUCGCGGAAAAUAGAAAUGCAUAUGUAGAGAGAUUUCUCGACCCUAGGUCUCGCCGUAUCAUGGGGCAGCUGAUGCUCAAUCGGGUGAUGUCGAUGCAGCGGGAUGGUCGUCACCUGCAAAUCCAACCUCAGAAUGGACCAGCUGAUUCAACGGUUGACAGAAAGGACUCACCCUGCAAAGAAGACCAUAAUUUCCAAGAUGGUGAAGCACAAUAUCCUCGGCCACAUCUUCCAGAGGAUAUCUGGUGUCAUAUAUAUUCCCUACUGCCAAUGCGAGAUGCUGCUCGAGCUGCUUGCGUAUCUCAUGCAUUUAAACGUUCUUGGAGAGGCUAUCCUAACCUUGUUUUCGAUAUGAUAACAUUGGGCAUAGAUAUAGAAUCAUGUGGAGAGGACGAAAUAGCAAGGAAAUUUACCAGCAGAGUUGACCACAUUUUGAAAAACCGCCCAUGCAUUGCCACCAAGACCCUCGAGAUUGUUUUCCGUUACUACGAUGUCAAUGUCUGUAACAUUGAUAGCUGGUUUCAGACUGCUGUUACACCGGGGAUUGAAGAACUCACCGUGGAACUAUCUUCAAAUUCAGGAAGAUAUUACAACUUUCCGUGGUCACUUUUAGCCAAUGAGAGUGGAAACUCGAUUCGAUUCUAAAUCUUGCCCGUUGUGCUUUCUCUCCGACUGGCGGGUUGUGCUUUAAAAGCUUCUCAAGACUCGAGCUAAGCGACGUUGAUAUCACGGGGGACCAGUUGGGAUCGCUUCUUCAAAAUUCUUUUGCUUUGCAACGGAUGCAACUCCAGUGUUGCAAUAAGAUAAUUUGCUUGAAGAUACCGUUUCAUCUACAGCAGCUCAGAUAUCUGGACGUGUUUGACGGCGACCGCUUGCUGCGGGUUAUAGAGAUAGAAGCUCCAAACCUCACUUAUUUCCAGUUUAUGGGUCAUCACCAAGUACAACUAUCGCUUGGAGUAGGAUUGCAAUUCAAGAAGUUCGACCUGUCCUUUCCUGGCGCUGUCAGCUAUGUUUGUUCUGCUUUUCCGCCCAGCUUGCGAUAUGUUGAAGCUCUUUCCCUAGGUUCAUGGCGUGAGAUGAUUGAUACACCAGUUCUACCUAGCAAAUUCUUACAUCUCAAGCACCUGAGUGUCGAUCUUCAAGCAAUGACAUUUCCCCCAACCUACGACUACUGUUCUUUGAUAUCCCUUUUUGACGCUUCUCCUUCCUUGGAGACCCUUGUCAUGAACGUUUUGCAGAAAAAGAUGUUGCACGAAUCAGUCGUGGGCGAUACAUCACAUUUGAGGCAGAUGCCAGGACACCGCCAUGAUAGCCUCAAAACAGUGAAGAUCAUUGGUUUCUCCUCUGCGAAAAGCUUAGUAGAGCUAACAUGCCAUAUCAUUGAGAAUACAACAUCACUUGUGGGCCUUACAUUGGACACCACAACAGGACAUCCUUCGUAUAGCUGUUUAACCAACAAUACUGGUAAGUGCAUGCUGUUGCGCGGGGAUUUUAUGGUGGAAGUUCGUAAAGGGCUCUUGGCUAUCAGGACAUAUGUUGAGCCAAAAGUUCCUUCCAGAGUCAAGCUAAAUGUUGUGGAGCCUUGCCGCCGAUGCCAUGAUCAACCACUGAUCAUAUGUUGAACUUCAUAUGCAAGUUAUCAUAAGUACCCUAUGAUUCCUGUGUAAGUUAAAGUAGGACGUCGAGGAACCUUGCUGCUGCUGCUACCCGGGUUAUACACCCCAAACCCAAUGUUUAAAGUGUAACUAGUAGGCUCGUGUGUUGCCAUGUAAGUGGACCUCCUGCCACUGCAAUGUUUCUAGGUGUAGGUGCAAGCAAAGUAUAACUGUAAUGGACAGAAAAUUGUUGAUCCGUAAAAGAUGUACUCCCAGUAUCCAGUAGAGCCACUGCUCUUUUUCCAUUGAGAUAGAUGACCACAGUGGGUGUGGAAGGGGAGCACCACUGAUGGCUUGGGCAGAAAUGAACAUCACAUUUUCUGUGU